GCAGCCAUAGGAUAACACACGCACGGCUCCCAUCACCCACCUCACUCUCCCUGCCUGCCUUGGCAUCACCAAUGGCGACGGGUGGCUGAAAAAAACAGAGUGGAAGCUCCCCAAACCUCCCCGCAUGGCCCCCCUCGCCUCCCCUCCUCUCCCAUCCCGCGCCCCUGCCUUCCUCGCCGCCCUCGCCAUCCGCAGCGGGCGGCCUCCACAACUGCUCAGCCCGUCGCGGUCCCCACUCCUCUCCUCCGGCCCCGCAGGCUGCUUCCUCCGCGCCCCUCUCGCGCCCUGUACCACCGCCCGCGAACGCCGCCGCGACGCCGUGCGGACAUUUUCCCAAGCUGAUGCUGCUGGACAAACACCUUUAUCAAAGACUCUGUCAGACCUCAAGGAUUCCUGCUGGAGAUUUCUGAGGCCACACACAAUUCGAGGAACUGCUUUGGGAUCCAUAGCUUUGGUUGCUAGAGCCUUGAUAGAGAAUUCCCACCUGAUAAAUUGGUGGUUGUUAUUCAAAGCAUUCUAUGGACUUGUAGCGUUAAUAUGUGGCAAUGGUUACAUAGUUGGGAUCAAUCAGAUCUACGAUGUUGCUAUUGACAAGGUAAAUAAGCCAUAUCUGCCCAUUGCUGCCGGUGAUCUCUCAGUUGAGUCAGCAUGGUUGCUGGUGAUAUUAUUCGCAAUUGCAGGCUUUUCAAUUGUAGUGUCAAACUUUGGACCUUUCAUUACCUCUCUAUACUGCCUUGGCUUAUUUCUUGGCACUAUAUAUUCUGUUCCUCCAUUCAGACUGAAGAAAUAUCCGGUUGCUGCUUUUCUUAUCAUCGCAACGGUUCGGGGUUUUCUUCUCAACUUUGGUGUGUACUAUGCUACUAGGGCUGCACUAGGUCUUACAUUCCAAUGGAGCUCUCCUGUUGCUUUCAUUACAUGCUUCGUGACACUAUUUGCUUUGGUCAUUGCUAUAACCAAAGAUCUCCCUGAUGUUGAAGGGGAUCGCAAGUAUCAGAUAUCAACUUUGGCAACAAAACUUGGUGUCAGAAAUAUUGCUUUCCUUGGGUCUGGUCUAUUGGUAGCAAAUUACAUUGCUGCUAUUGCUGUAGCUUUUCUCAUGCCUCAGGCCUUCAGGCGCUCUGUCAUGGUCCCUGUGCAUGUUAUCCUUGCAGCUGGUUUAAUUUUCCAGACAUGGGUUCUGGAGCAAGCUAAGUACACUAAGGAUGCUAUUUCGCAGUACUACCGGUUCGUUUGGAAUCUCUUCUAUGCUGAAUAUAUCUUCUUCCCGUUGAUAUAGAGCCUAGAGAUCUGGUAGUUCAGAGUGGGCUACAGCUUAAUGAUGGGAGCAAAUCAAAAAGGGAGGAGUCGAUAAAGUGCAGGGGCGAUCAUAGUCGGCAGAUGCCUCUUUUGUGCAUAUAAUAUAAAGCGUACUUGUUGUGCAUAUGUUGUACGGAAACAAAAUGCGGUGAUGUUUCAAGGAUCCUGGAGUUGUAGGAGCUUCGGAUGCUUUUGUAAUGCUGAGGGUGAGGGCUUUGUUGGAGCUGCUGUAGCUGGCUUCGGCACAAAUUCAGCAGUGCCCCGUUCUGUAGGGUCUUGUCCGGGAGGUUUGAGCUCAGGUCUCGCAUCGAUGGAAACUCAAGUUCUGGCCCCAAAGGGUGGUGGUGGUGGUGCUCGUUUCUUGUCAUUCGAGGUUAGUAUGCGAGACAUAUUGACGGCGUGCCCUCUCAGUGAGUCACGAAUACUGAAUACAGACCACGGACUACUAGCAUCCCCUUGGCUUAUACUGUAGAUGUAUUUCUUGAGCUUCAGCUGUACCUGUUGUAUAGUAGAAACCACCGUCUUUUCAACCGUUCUGGAAGGGCAGAAACUUCCUCCAUGUGUAUUUUUCA